AUGGUCCUCCCCCCUCUCACGACACCAGUCCCAAAGCCCAGCUCGCUCUUCCUGCCCGCCAUGUCGUCCGCGAAACCAUCCUCGACUCAAGCACCACCUCCAGGCCCGCCCGCCGCGACUCCCCUCCCGGCCCGUCCCAAGUCUCCGGAGCGGAAGCCUGCAGUCCCCGCCGUCCCCGCCGGAACUGGAGCUCCCGCCGAUCACCACCGCCCCUCCGACCCGAAGUUCGACCUCCCCAAGCUCCGUCUGGAGAUCCGGGACCUCAACCACCCGGCCGCCCCUCACUUCCUCUCCGCCGUGAACGCCAGCACCGCCCUGGCCACCGCCGUACACUCCGUGCUGAACCUCCUCUACGAAUCCCCCUCGUGCACCACCACUCACGUCCCGCCCACCCGCUCCGUCACCCUGGUCCUUCGCGACAUGGGCGGCGUCGCUUACACCACGGGCUCCGACCUCGACGACGACCACAAGGAGAUCCACUUCUCCAUGUCGUACAUCGCCGGCAUCUCCGCCGACCGCCGCACCGACGAGAUCAUGGGCGUCCUCACCCACGAAAUGGUUCACUGCUUCCAGUGGAACGCCCACGGCACCUGUCCCGGCGGCUUGAUCGAGGGCAUCGCCGACUGGGUCCGCCUCAACAGCAAGCUGAGUCCGCCCCACUGGAAGCGGGAAGGGAGCGGGAACUGGGAUGGCGGCUACCAGCAUACGGCCUACUUCCUGGACUAUCUCGAGGGCCGCUUCGGCGCUGGGACUGUGCGCAAGCUGAACGAAAAGCUCCGGAACAGGCGCUAUCACGAGAAGGAGUUUUGGACUGAGUCUCUCGGCCGGCCGGUGGAGCAGUUGUGGAUGGACUACGGGGAGAAGUUGAAGGAAGAAGAGACCGUGAUUGUCAAUAAGGACGACAUCUCCGACGACGAUAUCAGGCUUGGUAGGAUUAGAGCGGCCGAUCAAGACAUCACUCAAGCUGGGUUGUCUGGUUGA